GGGAGCUUCAAACCUCCCUUUGGCCGCAGUCAAUACCACCACCGUAUGCAGUCGCCCUCAGUUCUGAAUCAUGUGACACAAACAAUGGCGUUGAGUCUGCGCAGUAGGACGUGAACGUGCCUCAGCAGAGCUAUGACGUUGUUCAACAGCACGCAUGAACGUUUCCUCCAGCUGGAAGAUGCGAGGUAUAUUAUGUUUUCAACUGAGGAAAAGGAGGGGAUUAUACAAUUAAUCGACGACAAACUUCGCAUAUUUUUAUCCGUUUCAAUAUGCAAAAGGAUUCUGAAUGAAGACUUGAACAUACUCUUGUAAGAUGGUGUUUGGCUCUAAAAAUGGACCGUGACAAGUUCAUGGCCACCAACAAGAAGAGAAUAAUGGUUCUUCGCGAGGACGGGGCAACUGCCCACAUGGCACUUCCUUCGGCUGCCUCUCCCCCUGACCUAUUGGGUACCCUUAAAACAAAACAGGGAAGUGCAGUUGUAGCCAUUGAGAAAGCAAACAUUGCAGCAACGUCCACUCCGAACUGUGCAAUGGGUGUUGGUCAAAUAGCCCCCACAUUAAACUCCAAUGCCAUUUCUGAUAACCAACCAGAGAAUUUAUCACCAGAGAGCACUUGCAGAGGUAUUAAGAUCAUUUUGGACAAUAACAACAUGUGGAAUGAAUUCUUCAGAAGCAAAACCGAGAUGAUACUAACAAAACAAGGCCGGAGGAUGUUCCCGUAUUGUCGCUUUCGCAUCUCUGGUUUGGACCCCUUCCAGAAGUACACUUUGCUGAUGGAUAUCAACCCAGUGGACAACAAACGUUACAAGUGGACUGGGCAAGACUGGAAAAUGUGUGGAAAGGGAGAAGCACAUCUGCAGAGACAGGUCUUCAUCCACCCAGAUUCUCCAUCUUCUGGUCACCAAUGGAUGCAGAACCCAGUGUCAUUCUACAAGCUUAAGCUUACUGACAACCACAUGGACCAGGAUGGCAAUAUCAUUUUGCAUCCAAUGCAUCGUUACUUACCACACCUCCAUGUGGUCUCAGCUGAAACAGCUACAGAGAAUAUUCAGGUCAGUGGGCCUGAUGUGAUAACCUUCACCUUUCCACAGACUGAAUUUUUUGCAGUAACGGCUUACCAGAACGUACGCAUGUCUCAGUUCAAAGCAGACUUCAACCCCUUUGCAAGUGGACCCAACUCCUGGGCUCUAAAGAUGAAGAUGAGUCCUUCCAAUGAGUCGAAGAAGGAUGAAAUUGGAAUGACCACUGAAGUCAAGCCUUUGAAAGGCUUGAAUGGCCUUAAAUCUUUGAUGGCAGCAAAACGUAACUCCAAAGACAUUUCCGCAGUGGAUAAAGGACUCCUUAGCGCUGAUGCUCAACAUCUUACACCUGCAGUCGGUGAAAAGAUAUCUCCCAAUGAGCUCAAGAUUGUGAGAGGCCUCGGUGGCCUGAAGUCUUUGAUGGCAAAACACAGCUCUAAAGAUACUUCAUCAGUACAUGAAGGUCUGAUCACUUCCAAUGCUGUUACCCUUGCAGGUUGCGACAAACCCGGGAUCAACACUGAUGGACCAAGAACCAGACUGAAGUCAAUUCUGUCCAAUGAGAUUAACCAGUCUCCCAAUGAGCCUAAUUUUGAAAAAACCCUGAAUAAUUGUAAGUCAAUGAUGACAGAAUGCACUUCUACAGAUAACUCAGCAGCAGGUCAAGGAUUUCUCACUUCUGAUGACCGUGACAUAGCAAUGGUCAAAACAAGUUCCUUAAAUGAGUCUAAAGACGAAACCAGGUCUAUCAGUGAGCAAAAACCUGGUAAAUGCCUGAAUAACCUGAAAUCGUUGAUGGUAAAAAGAAAAAGUAAAGACACUUCAGCAGUAGAUCAGGUAGUCCUUAGUAAAGAUGGUCAAAAUGUUACACUCGCUGACAGUGAAAACUCUGAGGUCAGUGAUAAUAGGCCAGACUCCAAUGCAAUAGAACUGAAAUCAGGUCCCUGUAAUGAGUUGGAAAAAACUGAAACUACAUAUUCAAAGGAUUUUAACCCUCUUCAAAGUAAUCUCAGGUAUUUGAUUGACAAGCGCGUUUCUAAAGAUAUUUCUUCAAAAUGCCAAGGACUUGUCAGCUGUGAUGCAAAAACAUUGAAUCUUAUAAAAUGUGAUGAGUCUGAAGUCAAGGAUUUGUACAGUUCCUCCAAGAAGUCACCUCCCUCCAAAGCGAAGAAAGAUGAAAUAAUAUCUCCCAAGACUUGUAAGCCUGUGAAAAAUACCAGAAAAUAUUCGCGUGGAAAAUGCUAUUCCCAAAAAACAUCAUCAGCAGGUGAAAGUGCUCAAAAUGCUCCAGUGGUGGCCAUUGCAAAGUCAGCUGGCAACAUACAGUCCACUGAUCAAAAUGAUGGUAGUACAACAGGACCUUGUCAAAGAAACUUCUCUGAACUAAUUCGGGAGUGUCAUCUGAAAAUAAUAAGGUGCAAUGUGGAGAUCACAAAUACAGCUGUUGUGCAAACAGACAAAAAGGGCAUGGUUGCACAAGGUGUGGUUGUGAAAGUAGCUGCGAAUGACAGUUUGGGGGAAAAGGUGGGAACCCAGAACAACAUGACUACAACUGACACUUUCACUAGCAUUGUAAAAUCAUCUCAGUCCGAGGAACCUGUGAAGACCCGUGUGUCAACCCAUAACCAUUCAGCAGAUGAAGUUGAAAACAGUCAAAAGGCUACACACAGCUCUGUGUGCUCUGAAGGGAAAAGGACAGGUUCUCAUGAACAGCAGCAGGGGAAUAGUAAACCACACAAACGACCCGAACCUGUUCCCUUGCCCCUGCUUGCACUGUACCUUCAACAGUUAAAGUCUAAAUCUAGACCUGUUCGGACCAAACCAAAACCUCUUACUGUAUCGCCGCCUUCUUUGUCCUCAUAUUCCGCUGUUCCAACCAGAGAUGCUGUUAAUCCAGCCACAAAUCCUACUGGCCAAGCCACAGACUCGGCUGGCCCUGUAAAGGAUUCUACCAGUCCAGUCAACAACACAAUUGGAUGUGCUAUUCCUCCAGCCAGUGAUCCUGUAGUUCCAUCCACUGAUCCUACAGAUCCAGCUAUAGUUCCAGUACUUCCAGCCAUUUCCCCCACUGGUCAAUCCACCAAUGUUUCAAAGCCAAACCCAGAUUCUUUGGAUCUCGCUACAGAUGUGUUUUUACCAGAACCUCACCCAGUAUUACCUACCACUAAUCAGUUGUUCAUUGUUCCUGAGCCAACCACUUCACGAUCAUCACCCAUGCCUUGUUUGUCCGCAACUGUGAUGUCUCCAAGCCCUGACCCCUUAUCAGCCCCUGUCUUGUCAUCCCCAUGCCAAGAACAACCAUCCGAUGUACCUGUCACAUUGAGCCUAGCUACUGAUUUAACGCCACUUAACUCAGACCCAAUCUCUAAUUCCUCAGAAGUGUCAUCAACACCUGGUCUUACCAACUUAAAACCUGAGUCUACCCCUUUGUUACCAUCCCCUGACCUUUCACUAAGUGGCUUUGACCCAUCAUCACCAGCAUCAUUACCAGAUCUUGAACCCACGUUACCUUCCCCUGCUACAGUGAAACCAAUGUCAGCUCCCUCCAUACAUGCCUCGUCAUUCCCCAGCCUUGAAAGUUUACCAGCCCCUAGCCCUUUUGUACUCUCCUCUGAACUGUCAUCGCAAGCAUCCCUGUUGGGACUACCUGCCCCUGAUCCUUUUUUAACAACACCCUAUAUCCCACUGUUGUCGUCUUCUCACUUUAAUCCAUUACCCUUCGAGGGAGCCUCAUUUUCAUCUACCUCUCAUCCUGUUUUACCUGCCCUGGACAAUGCCCAACCCUCCCUUCCCCCGGACUCUUCUUCAUCUUUUCAAGUAAAUUCAGAACCAUUAACACGCCCUUCUACACCAUCUCCACUCCCGUUCCAGUUAUCUCCCUUUUCAUCGUUGGGUCCCGACCCAUUGUCCCCAACCCCGUCACUGGCUGACCUCACUCACUUUUUUUCUAUCUCAGAUGAGCUUGAGAUCACAGAAGACUUUCCAAGCAGUGAUGCAACUCCUGUCUCAUGCUCUACUGUCCCAACUUUAAACACUGCUAGUGUACCAGUUAGUUCCACUCUACCGGUUGGUUCUGUUCAACCUGUUAAGAACAAUAAACCCAGGCGAUCUAGGAAAAGAUCAAGAAAAGUUUCAAAAUCAACCACUGCCGAUCCACUUCCAGUAAUUGGUGGACCCACUGAUGUCACUAUGCAGCCCAACCUUGAGGAAGUGGAGGAGCAGCUCUUUGUCUCUUUCACGUCCAAGGAAGCACUUGAAGUCCACCUGGGAGAGCCUGCAAUUUCUGAGACGACGACUGAGCAACCUCAGAAAACCUCUGAGGCAACAAAUGUUGAAAGAGAAACCACAGAUGAAAUAAUAGCUGCUUUUGAGAAGGUUCUUUUGGGCGACCUGAAGAUCAUGAAGCAUCGGCAGGUUAUACAUCCUGUGUUGCAAGAAGUUGGACUGAAGAUGAGUUUACUGGAUCCCACUCUGGUCAUUGACUUGCAGUACUUGGGUGUUCGUCUUCCUCUACCCCCACCUAUCCCUUGUUCAGAACCAAGCUCUGUAGAAUUGGCAUCUUCUUCUCCAGGUGGUUCAGUCCCCUUUGUUUCAAGGACUGGCAAGACUACAGACUUCACCCAAAUCAAGGGCUGGAGAGAGAAGUUAGUCCCCUUGGACUCUCCAUCCUCCUCCAAGGCUGAAGCUGGCCCAAGUUCAGAUGUGGUCCGAAAGAACCUGUCGGCCUUCUGCAGUGACAUGUUAGAUGAGUAUCUAGCUAACGAAGGGAAACUAAUUGACGAGCGUGCUGCCAGUUUCAACCAGACCGCUGUGGUCACCCCGGUGACCUACCAGCUUCCAACCAAGAGCACCAGCUACGUCCGAACACUGGACAGUGUGUUGAAGAAACAGGCACCACCUGCUACUUUCACCCCCCCAUCCAAAAAAUCUAGACUGCCCCUUGCAUCCAAAGGACAUAAAAAACAUGAAAAAACUGAGAAAAGGCAACAAAGACCACGCACAAACCAGAAAAGAGAGAAAGCAAGUGCAGGACCUACAGUGAUCCCAACACCACUGCCCAUUAAACCACCACAAUUUAUGGACAAUGCAGCCCCCGUCACCCAAGAAGACCCAGAUACAAAUUUGAAAAGGAGAAAGAGGAAGCCAAGGGUCAAGUCUCCUCCACCAUCCAAAGACUCCCUUGUGUCGAGGCCAGAAGUUGAAGUGCCCCCUCCUGCUCACCUGGCUCCUGUUGAGGAUGACCACUCUGACCCAGAGCCUGCUUCUGCACAGAACAGGGUUGUUGUUCCUGGGCUGACCAAGGCCUUGGUCAAACAGAGGGAUCUUGAGGACGGGGUUGUCUGGGAGGGUGAACAUCGGACCUGUAUCACUCAGGUGAGGGCGACGAUCGCCCUCACCUCGCUCUUCACCUCGACAGGCUUUGUUUGUGAGAACCCUACAGCUCCUAUUAAGAUUAAGUGCCGAGCCCCUCCCUGCCUCAAUGCUUUCUGUCGGUUGGGCUGUGUGUGUGCCAGCCUGGCACAAGACCGCCGAAUUACCCACUGUGGAAAGAUUGACUGCAUCUUUGGCUGCAGCUGUCUCAGACAGAAAGUGGUUGUGCUCAAAAAUCUUAAAGGACCACAAUUCAGUCCACCAGAGGAGGCCUUGUCCAAGAAGAGGAAGAAGAGAAAGAGGAUGAGGAUGGCAUACACUCUUAGAGAAGCUGAGACAGUGUCAGAGCCAGCUGUACGAGUGAGGACACUGUGGAAGCAGACGGACGCAGAGAUCGACCCGGAGCCCCUCCAUGCCCCAACACCAGUUCACCUCCCAUGGAUUCCCCUGCAGGAAGAACCUUCAUCUGCAGGGGGGACUCACGGAUUGGUCAAGAAGGAUGGGACCAUGUCAUGUGCCAGGGUGCGUGUGUUCCAAGUAAAGAGCACAAACCGCCCUGAAAACAAUGGCGAUCAAUACGAACCGACAGGACCAGUGAGCCCCUCCAGGAAGUUGAAGUCUUUGUCCCACAGUCAGCCAUUCACUGAGCCCUCCAAGCGUCUGGAGAUCGUGUCUGACUGUAAGUGGAGGAGCCUCUCCGACAGGAACCUGGUCCUUAGGAUUGUGUGUGAACACAUGGCCCAGGACCACCUCACCAACGCCUUCUGGGUCAAAGGUUACCUCAUCAAACCUGUGUCUCAGACCCUGAAGAACGACGUAGAGAGCUGCUGCAUCCACUACAAGGUACACAUCUCUCAGGGUCCGCGGCCAGAAGGAGUCGAAGAGGAGAACUGUGAGGAAGAGGAAUGGAUGAGAGAGGAAGAUGAAGAAACACAGAUGGAGGAAGGGGAGGUGGAGGAGCCAAGAGAGGAUGUUGAGGAAGGACAGAGCGUGAAGAAGGUGGGGGAGAAGCAUAUCGUGAAGGAGAACAAGACUGUGGUCAAAAGAAAGAGUCUAAAAUGGAAGGGCCUGCCUUUCCUAAAUGGUGUUUCUCCUGCUGGCCUCCUUACUGCCAACCUUAAGCUAGCAUCCACCUCAGACCAGGAACUUGUCACGGUGAAUGGCAGGUCCUACCCCCAUGCCAAGAUACAACUGGGCAGGAUGGGAGCCAUUCACCCGGCCAACCGUCUCGCUGCCUUCCUUACUGAAAGGUUACAGUGGCCCGUUGGUCUGGAGACGUCUAUGUCAUCACAUGAAAACCCCUCAGCAACUGCUGAAGAUUUUGAAGGUUUAACGAAUACAAGUUCCUCCAUGGAACAACCAGCCCAAUUAGCAGCCAGUCUUACCACCAGUGUCGCCACGGUGACCACCACCAAUGUCGCCACGGUGACCACCACCAGUGUUUCCUCUGACACUCCAGUUGCUGCUAGCCCCAAGUCUAUUGUAACUCACCUGCCGCAGGCAGGGGAGGACUUCACACGGUUUGUGGUGAAACAGAUUAGCUCUUCACAGCCGAGGCUUCCCCUCACUAGUGAUCCUUCCAAGUCAUUGGGCAGUAUCUUGCAGCCCGGAAUGCCCUCUACCCCUCUCUCUACCUCUCUGGUAGAGGCAGCCUCCAGUAGAUCGUCCUCUGAUCCUUCCUCCACAGGUGAUGAUGGGUCUUCUCGCAAAACCUUCCCCUGUGCUGCAAGGGUCAUCAGGAUCCCAGCCCCCAGUACCACCGUCAGAAUUCAGUGCCCGCCUCCCCCUCCCUCAACGAACCCGUCCAGCCCGCUGACCUCUCCCAGGACGGGGCAGAGGGUAGUGCUACAGCAGGUACGGAGCACCUCUGGGGCCACACUGUUCCGGAACCCCAGCGGGCAGCUCAUCCAGCUGGUGCCCCUCAGCCAACUGCAGGCCCUCAACCCCAACCUUGUCAUGCGCAACACGGGUGGGAUGAUCAGUUUAACAACGCCUGCGUGCUUGGCUUCAGGGUCGACGGCCGCCGUAACCAGCUCCCCCUCCACCACCUCCCACGCUGCACCGCCAAGCAAGGGCCCUGUUAGCAUGGCUUCCACGAUCACCAGCGCCCCCCUUCUCUCUGUCAGUCUCCCAAAGCUUCCGACCAGCACCGCCUACACCUCCAUCGCCCCGAAAGCCACCCCUCACCAGGUCACGGCGUCCCUGCCAGGCUCCAAGUUGUUCCACGCCGGCACCGUUAGUCUGUCGCCCGCUGAGACGAACGGGGAGACGUACAGCUUGAAGAUAGUUUCUCAGACAGGCAACAAGGAGCCCAUCAUCAUCAAGUGUCCUAAGGUGCCCAACCAGGGUCCGUCCAAGGUGCUGCCUGUAGUAGGGGGCUUAACUGUCUUGGAGCCUCCUCCCAAAUUCACAGUAAUUACUGUAAUAACUCCCACAAAAAAUGUUCCAGACACUGGUGUCAAAGCCGACAGUGUCUCUACAGUGGACACCGGUGUAGAUCCAAAGGUCACUUCUGAGGUAUAUAGUUGGAGGCUGCCUUGUCAGAAAUCCACGCCAACUCCUACAACUGCCAAGUCCCCUAUGUCCGUAAAAGCCCCAAUAAGCCACCAGUUUAAAUUCAUCAAGUCCAACACCGUCACAGCGGUCCCCAAGAUCCAGUCUGAGGUAGUUCGAGUGCUGCAGCCUAUCCCGAAACUUGUCAAUCCACCAUUAAGCCCGGUUAAAAAGACAGCUGUCAAAGCUAACACCAUCUUCAAAAUGAACUUGAAUGUUAACACACCUAAGGUGGUUGGGGUCCAUCAUCCCCUCCAGAUGUGCGCUAGACCACAGAAGAAGAAGGAGCUGGAGGCGUUGGACAUGACUGAGGAUGAGGACGACUCUGAUAGCACAGACGGGGAAACGGAUGAGAAGACCGACAACUCAUCUGACAACACAGAUUCGUCUGAUUCCACUGUGAAUAAAGAGGAUCUCAUUGAUGUCAUCAAUAAGCAGUUGCAUCACAACGUUUUGGAAAGGAAUCGGCGCCACGAGUUACAGGAACGAUUUAAUCGACUGAGGGACUCACUGCAAAUGGACCAAAAAGCUUCAAAAGUUUCAAUCCUUGAAAAUGCAAAGGAGAAGAUUGAGGAUCUGACAAAGAGAAGUAGAAAUGAGGAGAAGCUAAAAGAAUCACUGACACUGAAGAGAGACGCUCAUCUCAAAAAGAUGUCCCAUUUAACUGGAGCGUCGGAGGAACAGAUCCUGAGGAACAUUCAGUACGUUUCCCAAGAGAAGGUCAAGACACUUCACGGAAAAUCUGAGUAUUUAGGGACCAAAGUUUCGUCUGCUGUCUCAUCCCCCUCUGUUGACACCACCUGCAUCGAGUCUGAGCCAAAACCAAGCCCAAGUCCACCGGCUGGUGCCCUCUCAAAGGACAACACCAAGGAGACCCAGGAGAUGAACAGCGAGGAGGUGAUGGAGGUGGUGGACCUUUGUGAGGACACACAGGAUGUGAUAGAGGUGGUGGACCUUCUGGAAGACCGAGAGGAGGUGAUGGAGGUGGUUGACCUUCGUGAGGACCCGGAGGAGGAGGAGAAAACGGACAACUCCUCGGACGAGACUGAGGAUUCUGAGGAUGACAAUCGCAAAAACAAAGAUAAAGGGGAUGUCAUCAACAUCAGUGAUGUUGAAGAAAGCUCAGUACAGGAGAUGGCUGUAGACAUUGAGACUGUGGAGGACAAAACACAUGAGAGCAUCACUCCACAUAUAGAGGCAAAAGUCACAAAGGAAGUGGAAGGAGCAGUGGUGCCCAAAUUUGAAAACUGGGGCCGAUAUUUGAGAAAUCGUGGCGUUGAACUUCGGAAGAGUUUGAAAGCCCUGAAGGAGACUUUGGUCCUUGACGAACCAGCACCUAUUGAUGAGGUCGUCCUCGGACAGGCUGGAAAACGAGUGCAUGACCUAAGAAACGAAUGUGAGCUUCUGGAAAAACAGAAGAAUGUGCUGAACAAAGAGAAAACCACCCCGAAAUCUGGAAAGAAAUAUGAGCUGAUCCGUAAGAAGCUACGGGACAUUUCUACCAAACAGAAAAACAUGGCCAACGGAAAGGGGAGCGAAGUGUCCCUACCUGCCUCCUCGUCAUCGACCCAAUCCACUGCCUCGUCAUCGACUCCACCCUCCGCCUUGUCAUCGACCCCACCCAAUACAACCAUCUCGACCAGUAGCACCAAGUCGCCCGAUCCAAAAUUCCCUGCUCUAAAGCUGAAGGUAGUCUCCGCACCUGUCCCCCCACAGCUGGCACCCCAACAAUCCAAAAUGAGUCCCCUUACAACCCCGCCCACCAAGAACCCAGCCGCAAGGUGGCGUCCAUUAAAUGAAAGGACCAGACCUAACAUCUUGUCCCGUAAGAAACCACAGCCUCCCCCAGCAGAUCUUCCACGUGCUAAUUCCGGGUUUCUCCCUCCUCAAAUGCUGUCCAUAGUGGGUGGAGUUGUUCCAUGUCAGCAGGUGAUAACCAUGAGCCCACUGCACCCUCCUGGCUCUCUGCUGUCGGUCGGACGGGUCACUGGGAUGGAAAUGCAGCAGUCCCUGACACCAGGUGUCGCUUCAGUCACCAUCAGUAUUCCCUCAAUGUCGCAGCCCAUUUCUCUCACUCCGCCUAGUAAUGUUCACAACAGAGGAGUUCCUCACAUUGCCAAUGUGAUUUCACUGGUCAACGUCCCACCUGUCCAGGCUGUCCCAGGUGUGUCAGGGGGCCCUCAGAGGAGGCUGUCCCCAGUGAAGAGUAGGGGCUCUAGGCUGGAACAAGGGAAGGUGCUGGAGAAGCAGAGUAGAGCUGUAGAGAUCAAUACGGGUUCCACCCAUGAAUCGGAGGAUGAAGAAGGCGGUGAAGACGACACUCUAAAGUCUCUCCUCAGUGAGAUAGUCUUCCUCAACCAACUGACCAAUGACAGCAGCAGUGACCCAGGAGGUCCUGCAGUGGUAAACUGCACACCACUGACUGAGCCUGUGGAGGCGGGCACAGACAGGGAAACCUCACCACAUCCGGAGAAGGAGGUAAUCAGAGACGGGGACGAUGAGCGCUCCCUCAGCCCUUUGUUCCUAAGACUGGACGAGGACCUCUUGGGGCCUAAAGAGGGGAAGGGGCCAGAUGAAGUGGCCAUCAAAGGCCUGCCACAACCCCAGGACCUGAAAGUUUGUCUCGGAGCUCAUCUGAAACCAUCUGAAGGAUCAGGUGCUUCUGCAGCUGUCAACGGGCACAGUCCACAACUAAAAGGUCUAGCACGUGCUGCAAAAGGCCAAGGUGGUGCCCUGACCCCACCCCCACUUCUGCAGAUGAAGGUUGGGGGCGGGACGAAGGUGAUUGAGUCCAAUGAGAAGCCUGUUGAUACCCUGGCCCCGCCCCCACUAGUGCAGAUGCGGCCCAUGCCGAAACUAACCCCCCUUGGACUAAAGAGCAACUCUCCGAUGUAGAACUACACACUAACUUACUCAGGCCUGGGUCUGCGUUGUAGCCAUAUCUACUCGACAUACUUUCAAAUGGGUUGUAUUUGUUCGGCACUAAACGGACAAAAAAGAUAAUAAGAAACACUUGUUUCUUUGCUUCCGAUUUGCCCUAAUAAAUAUGACCCAUAUCUGGCUCAACCACUCGGGCCUUUUCUAACACCUGUUUUGCACACCAGUUUUGUUGUAAAUGGGGCACUACCUAAUGUGCCUGUUGUAAACCCAAAGACGUUUCUAUGUGUAUAUACUAUGUAUUGACCUGUAAUAUGUAAAUGGAAACGCUGACAUGAUACUGUUUUAACUGUUGGAAGUUUUUCUGUUUGAAACUCAGAAUAAGUACUGAUCAGAAAUCUGCUUUGCCUCUCUAGAUAACCGUUGAUAAGCUUACAAGGAUCUGAUAGUGGAUCAACACACUUACUCAAAGACACUUUUUUUGAACACUGGCCCUGAACUGUUGCUUUCUUUCCCUUUGUUUUGAAGAGGAGAAGUAAGGAAUAUUCCAUAGUAAUAAGGUUCCAGGAACUCAUCAUUUACGGGUGUGCAGUAGUUCUGCCUUACACAUGUUUUUUCUUAUCAGAGGACAGAGUUGAAGGUACAGAUGCUGUUUGCGUUCAUAUUACUAUAACCGAACUGUUGUGUGUUUGACAUUUUGAGAGGCCCUGUCUCCAUAUUGGAUGAUGGGGAAUCUAUAUCUUCAUGUUUGUAAUGUAAGUUCUUGGUUGUACAUCAUUAGGUCUUUAAGGUUGAGGAACAAAAAGGUGCAUUUGUGUGGCACACUGCUAUACUACCUAGCCACUCAGUGUGUCCCACAGACAAACAUAUCUCCACAUAGGAAAAUCCUAAAGAACAGUGUCAUAAUAGGUCCCUGUAGGACGAGUACACCAUUGAGUCGGCUUGUGACCUUUAAGAGCAGCUUUACUUGUUCAGUGAUGUAGUUCUUAAUGAGACCCUGACAUUUACAAUACAAUAGGAGUAGAACUGACAGGUGUUCCCAAUGACGAACGGUUCCCUUUCAUAAUAAGGUCCUGGUCAAAGUGAAUAGGGUGCCAUUUCAGAGAACGCAUGUAUACAAGGUGGUGUUGAGGGAAAUGUGUUAUGGCUGUAAUGUUUUAUGCUGCUAAGAGGUUAAGCUUGAAUAAUUAAAAGCCAACCCUCUUGUUAAA